GGAAAAUAACAGCGCCGGUGAGCGGAGCUGGUGAGAGAGGGAGACUGGCUGUGACUGAGAAGGAAAGGGAGAAACGCGGGAGCACGUCGGACGAAAGGGAGACGAAUACAGGUCAGCGGCCCAACCCUGAAGUUCCGCGAAUGGACACAAAGAUGAGAGGUGCUGCAGGAAGUGAAUCUCAACCCAUUCAUAUUGAAUCCGGCACAAUGUCAGUUCUGCACUCUGUCAACCUUCUGGUGUCAUCUUGAUCUUCUUCAUCACUAAAGUUCUGCGAGUCGAAAGGAGGAGAAUUGCCUCGUGCGCAGGAGCAGCCUGUCGAGCUGACAGAGGGGCAGACGGCAGCCAUGAGGACGGCCAGGAAGGCAAAUGUCGAAGUGCCAGCCUUUGUCCGGCAGCUUGUGAAGGGGACGGAGAAGAUGGUCUCUUCUCUCUUCAAAGGGGGCAGGGAGGGGGGAGACGAGGGGGAGGCGGCGGAGGAGGGGGCCAUACCCAGUCCUUACCUGGACCAGCCAAUACUGGAGAAGCACACCGAGCAAGGAUGGGCCAAAUGGGGCAUCAAGUACGCUGUGACCAGUGUGCAAGGCUGGCGGGCCCAGAUGGAGGAUGCCCAUACCUGUGUCCCUGAAAUGGAGGGUGACCUUGAUUCCUGGGGCUUUUUUGCAGUGUAUGAUGGGCACGCUGGCAGUAACGUGGCACAGUUCUGCUCUAGGAACCUACUGGAUCACAUUCGGGCUACAGGAGCCAUUAAGCCAGUGGAAGACAGGGGCCACGUGAAGCGGGGAAUCCGAGACGCCUUCCUCACCAUUGACCAGCACCUGCACACCAUGGCUAGGAGGCAGGGUUGGGAACGUGGAGGUUCUACUGUUGUGGCCGCCAUGCUCUCUCCGUACCACAUUUACCUUGCUAACUGCGGCGACUCCCGUGCCGUGCUCUGCCGAGACGGCCAGCUUUGCCUGUACACUGAGGAUCACAAGCCCUUCAACCCACGCGAAAUGGAACGGAUCCAGAACGCCGGGGGAACCGUCAGCCUGCAGCGCAUCAAUGGCUCGCUGGCAGUCUCCCGUGCGCUGGGCGACUUCAACUACAAGGAGACAGAAUGGCGGACGCCAACGGAACAGAUGGUAUCACCCGAGCCGGAUAUAUACGAGGUGGAGCGCUCAGCAGCCGACGAGUUCCUACUGCUGGCUUGUGACGGUGUGUGGGACAUGAUCGGCAGCGAGGAGCUCUGCUCCUUUGUGCGAAACCGCCUGGAGGUCUGCUCAGAUUUAAGUGAGGUGUGCACACAGGUUGUUGACCUCUGCCUCUAUAAGGGCAGCCUUGAUAACAUCACAGUCGUCCUCAUCUGCUUCCCUGGUGCUCCCCAAGUUUCACGUGAAGCACUACAGAGGGAAGCUGAGCUGGAGAAUCUGAUUGAGACCAAAGUGGCAGACAUCUUUGAAGACCAGAGAGCAAGUAACAUGGAGCCUGACUUGCUGUACGUGUUGAAUUGUCUGUCAUCAGUAGCCAUUCCUGGUCUACCACUAGGGGGCGACAUCACCAGCAAAAGAAACUGCAUUAUUUCUGCCUACUACAAGCAAAAAGAAGCAAGCAAACCUCAAGCAGAUAUUGGUGCCUCUGGAAUUCUGCAUUGAUGCCACCUUUGAGAAACUACUUGCCAGCUGAACAUAGAAAUAAUCUAUAACAAAAAAUAACGACAUGGUUGUGAGUCGACCUGACAAACGCAAAAAUGCAAUUACGGCGUGUAUUAUGAAUAACUCUCAUCAAAAUUUCAAAAAACAAAAAAAAAAAAAAAUGUUAAUUGAACAACUUAUCUAUACCCAGUAGUUACAAGACUCAGUAUUCUGGAAUAAAUUGAUGUCCAAAUAUAUUUGUAAGAAAAUACAGCAACAGAACAUUUGGAUUUACGCAUCAUAUGAAGCAAUAAUACAGUGAACCUAAAUCUAUUGUGCUUUCACUAUAUAUGAAUGCACCUGCGACAUACGUAAUGAAAUGUACUUAUAAAGCAGGUAAAACAGUAACCUUCAGGGAAGAAUAAAUAAGCAUACACAAAGGGAACCUAGUGUGCAUCAAACACAAAGGUUGCCAACUGGGAUAUCAGAUUAGUUCUGCAUUAUUAGUAAAAAUGAGAAACUGGGCCUCGUUUGCCUGACAUCCAGCCAUUGUCAGUAAUCUGAUUUAUACAAGUAUUUGCCUUAUAAACCUCUUUUGUGGAAUAUGGUGUAAGUAUUCAAUCUAUAUAUUGUCGCAAAAGAAAUAUAUGCACCAUAUGUAUGAGAAUAAGCUACCAAAUGCCAUAAUUUCACAAAGGCAAAAUAAAUCGUAGGAUAAAGGCAGCUUCAUGUUAGAAUGCAGAUUGAUACGUACAGUGACACAUAAAUAUUUUUAAAGGAAUACUUCUUACAUGCCAGUCUCUCACCUUUCCUUUGUGUACAUGUUUGUGUUCACCUUUAAAAUCUGUUGUUUUCUAUAUUAUGUAUGAAUUAAGCAUGUAGCACAUUAUGACUGUUUGGUAAUUAACUAUAGUCAGUCCUCAGAAAAUAAACAUGUUCAUUUUAUUUAUAUAGAAAUCAUAUUCUUUUUUUAUCACAAGGUGUUUUGAAAUCUAGAGCUGAAGCAGUAUUUUAAUUACCUUAAAUUUUAUUUGUCAUCUUUCAACUUAAAAUUAGAAGCUGAGAAAACUAAUUCAAAAUUGCACUUAGCUGGUAGAUAGAGGUGUUGAUCUGCGUCUGUUUUCGCACUUUCUGUGUUGUCCUUGCACUCAUGCACUUUGUGUUUUUGUGCUGCCAUGACGGGCAGAUUUUCCCACUUUUGAGCCACCAACUGCCCAUGGCCACAACUGUGCACAGCAACCUGUACCAACCUGACAGCCAUUAUCAAAAGUCAGAGCUCGGCAUUGUUGCUCCUUCGAGUUCCCAGCCUUAGUCUUACAGAAUUCCUUAAUUGACUUUGGUUUCCAGAUUUUGUUCCUGUGCUAGACCUCAUUUCCCAAUUAUGCCCAUUAGUCCUGGGGAAUGUUUUCUGGUACCUUAUCCUUAGUUUUUUCUACACCUAAUUCAUCUAUUCUCUGUCUCGUCUGCAUUGUCCAUCUUGCUUUACUGUUCACUGUUUGACAAUCUUCAUGUACAACGUGCGCAGUAUUUAUGUUCUCACCGUAUUGUGUAAUUGCUGACAUCCUAUCCUGGGUCUACCAGGGUUUAACUUAUUAAUUAAGAUGUGUUAAACAGCAAUUAAAUAAA